AAAGGGGAGAAGUUUGUUGUAAUUUCCAAUCGAAAUUAAAUACAACGUACAUGCUAACCUGUAUUCUAAACACACGCAUCUAAUCGAUGCCGGUGGUGCUGCGACCAUUGCUACGCGUGUACAUAUGUAUACAAAAGUGUGUGUAGCGCACGGUACAAUGCUACGGUAUGUUCUAAGCGCAAAGAUAACAGAAUAAUUGUUACGAACGUGCUAUAAUUAUGGGAACACGGCUCUACUCUAAAUAUAGUUCUAAAAUUGUGAACAGUAAAUACGUUUCGAAGUGAAAAUAUUUGAACUGGAAUUCUGCACACGUGUCGAAAAGUCGAAAAGUCGAAACGAACGUUGAAGAGGUUAUGUUGUGUUGUCGGUAUUUAUUUUACCGGACGAUUGAUUGAAGAAAGUAAAAAGAGUGCCGAAGUGGAGUCGUUGAGAGUAAUCGAUCGACGUUUCAACGAAAACGCUGAACAAUGCCCACGUGGAAUCAAAUUCAAGCGCAACUUCGGAAUUCGAACAACCCUGUGGUGUUUUUCGAUGUGUCCGUGGGCACAACCGAAAUUGGCCGGAUGAUUUUCGAACUUUUCGAGGACGUUUGUCCAAAAACCUCGGAAAAUUUCCGCCAAUUCUGUACCGGCGAGUACAGGAAAGACGGAGUACCUUUAGGUUUCAAAGGUGCUAUUUUCCACAGAGUUAUCAAGGACUUCAUGAUCCAGGGUGGUGACUUUGUAAACGGUGAUGGAACUGGUGUGAUCAGCAUCUACGGCGGUGGCACCUUUCCAGACGAGAAUUUUACAUUGAAACACGACUCGCCAGGCUUAUUAUCCAUGGCAAACAGCGGCAAAGACACGAACGGCUGUCAAUUCUUCAUCACGUGCGCCAAAUGUAACUUCUUGGAUGGCAAGCACGUGGUAUUUGGAAGAGUAAUAGACGGACUUCUCGUUAUGAGGAAAGUGGAGAACGUUCCCACAGGGCCGAACAAUAAACCAAAAAUCCCUGUUACCAUAUCGCAGUGCGGACAGAUGUAGUAACUAGUUCUAACGUAUACUUUUCUAUGGAACUCGAGGCGAAAAUAUUGUAUUAUAUUUUGUAAGAUUAAAGCCGACGGUCUCCAUCGACUUCCAUACCGGAGAGAAAUUGUUUCGACAACUGCCAGAUCGAAGUAACGUAAUUUCUAUAAGUAAAUUAAUACAGAUUGUCUCAACGAUGAUCGUCGGAUGGUUCCCGGGCGGAAUCAAAUGGAAAAUAUUGUUUUACGAACUUCGAACUUUAUUACAUUCGAUUUACAUACGAAAUAAAUACUCCAGCUUACGAUCUAGAA